AUGCUGAGUCAGCAAAAAACUUCACCGUUGCAACCAACCCAGUGCCGCUCUCCCAACCGUCGCCAGCCCAAUAGCGUCCAGUCUCCAGGUCCCUUGAACCCGAUCGCGGCCGCGAUCUCGACGUCCCGCAGUCUCGCCCUCCCCUCGGCGCUUAUUUUUUCAGUCCCAGUCGCUGCGAGGAACGUUCGCGAACGGCAAGCUAUGCAACUCGCGCGGCUACAGCGGCCCUUCCAGAGGGUUGCUGGGGCUGUUGCAAGUGCCUCACGACCCCUAGGUGCUCUUUCACGGCCUACGACAACCAGUCUCGAAGAUCGGUUCGCCAGCCUUCGAAUUGCCUCACCAACCGAGAUCAAUGCCGCGGUCCAGGGCAAGCGCUAUGCCACAGUGAAGUCACAGGGUGCCUACAAGCUCAAGUCCAAGAAGACCAUUCCGAAGAAGCUGGGAGCGAAGAGGACAGGCGAUCAGUAUGUUCUGCCAGGCAACAUUAUCUACAAGCAGCGCGGCACAGUAUGGCACCCCGGCGAGAACACCAUCAUGGGCCGUGACCAUACUAUCCAUGCUGCCGUUGCCGGUUACGUCAAAUACUACCGCGAUCCCCAUCGCCAUCCCGGCCGCCAAUACAUAGGCGUUGCCUUCAACCGUGACGACAAGCUCCCCUACCCUCCGGGGAAGCGUUCCGAGGAGGUCAUAUCCCCUAGUGGCAUCCCCCUCACCGUAACGCGUCUACCGGAAUCCGAGCAGUCGACCGAGUCAGAGGAUUCCACGACCACAGGGGUCUCGGUGACAGCGCAGACGACAGUGACCGCGAAGCCAAAACUCCCAAUACAUCUCAGAAGGCGUAUUCCCCUUAAAGAUGGUAACUCGGUUAUUGCACGUUUGAUCCAGCAGAAGCUCAGGGCAAGAGCCAUUACGAAGGCUAAGCAAGACGCUUGGAGACUCCAGCAGCAGAAGGAGCUCGAGGCACGCAUGAAUACCCGCGUAUUCCGUCUUCAAGAUGACUACAGCUACCGUGAGACCAACUGGGAGAUUGGCCGUCUCAUUGGUGACGCCGGCACUAUCCCCGGCACGGAAAAGACGGAAUCGCGGAGAGCCAGGAUGCGCUCUCGCCGCAAGAAGCGCGCUGCCUACUUCAGGGAGCUCAAAGCUCGCAGGGUCGCCAAGGCUCGUCGCCGUGAAGAGUCUAAGAGGCGCCUGCGGGAGAAGAGGGCGGUGCUCCUGGCUCAGAGGAGAGAAGCUACCACCACUGUCAAGGCUACCAACGAGGCUGUUAAGGUGGCUGCUGAAAAGAACAAGGUCAAAGCCUGA